AUGUUCGCCAUAUCCAGCAUCUCCCAUACUGGGUCGAUCUACAUCGUUGUUGCAGUCAACGUUGAACGAUACAUCGCUGUGUGCCAUCCUCUCAAAGCAGCAUCGUUCUGCACCAUCUCCCGAGCCAUAAAAACGUCCAUGGGUGUCGUGAUGAUGUGUGUCUUAUACAAUGUACCCCGUUAUUUUGAAGUGUAUCUCAAAUGGGACUGGGUACCCGAGUUCAACCAAACCAUGUUAGUAGUGGGCAUCUCUGAUAUGUCCUACAACUAUUGGUACUUGACAGUCUACUUGGUCUACAUCAACGUCAUCGUCAAAUUUGUCAUCCCUGGAGUCCUAUUGAUCAUCCUUAACACGAUCAUGGUCCGCAAGCUCUACCGUACAAAGCCUAACCUUCAGAAACAGGAGCGGAAAGGAAGUGAGAAGGAGCGUUUCACAGCAAUGGUUCUGGCAGUGGUGGUAGUCUUCCUGGUGUCACUCGCAGCAGCCUGUAUGGAGCUGAUCAUGUAUGAAGUCAAUUCGGCAAUCACUUUGGAUGAGUGUUCGGAGAUUUGUGGCUAUGUAAGCGGUGUCAGUCAGAUAUCAGUAGUCAUCAAUUCGGCCGUCAAUUUUAUACUCUUCUGUUUUUUGGGACGGAAGUUCCGUGGGGUGUUCGUGAAGAAGUCCCUAUCCUGCUGUAGACGAUGA